UUAUUUCUCCACUUCCCACAUCAAAGUUAUUUUCCCCUGCCGUGGGUCAUAUAUAAUGUGUGAUAAUGGGUCUUUCACAUUCAUACAUGAUCAUAUUGUAGUUAAUGUAAAACUCUAUUGAGGGUAUUAUCCACUCCAACCCAACAAGUUCUAUCAAUUUAACCCCUUAUUGCAUUCUAUUAAUUUUACCAUGUCAACCUUCAAACUUGGUCUCUACCUUCUUCUAUUUGUCUUUACCCACCACCUGCUUCCAAGUCAAGUGGCCGCUGCCUGCAGAGAGAAGAAGCAGAAGGAUCUACUUCAUGACAUAAACACUUACAGAAAAGUGUUAAACCUUCCAAUCUUUAAGAAAAGUGACAAACCAUCUUGUUUAGCCAACAAAAUUGCAAAUGAUCUAGAAGAUAAGCACUGUGAAGAUUAUUUUCACUAUUACCCUUUACCAGGUAGCAACCCCAAAAUUCCUAACUUCCAAAAGAGUGUUGAGAAAUGCAAGAUAAGCAUCAACACAACAAAAGAUGGGGUGAUUAUGCCUGUUUGUGUGCCAAAAUUGGACCCUGAUAAUUUGUUUUCUAAUUAUACUAAGUCUAAUCGAUAUAUAAAGUAUUUGAAAAAUUCAAAGUAUGUAAUAGCAGGGGUUGGGUCUGAUUCUGAUAAUGAGUGGAUGGUUCUCAUUAUUAGCACAAACACUACUUCUGGAGAUUUUUCUUCUGCUACUUCUUUGCUUGGUGAAGCUAUGAAGGGUCAUUGGGUGUUGAUGACUACUUUCUUGAGUGUGCUCGUUUUACUGUUCAGCUAAAUUGUUUGUUCUGUUUCAUUUGGUGGAUUUUUCUUUUUCUUUUUAUAUUCACUUUUUUUUGUUGUUGGUAUUGAGAUAUUUUGUUAUUGUUUUUUGUUUUAUGUACUUUUUUUUGUAUAUUGGAGUGUUCUAUCAUUUUGUGAAGUUGUUGAUGAUAUUGCAGUGUACUUGUAAGGGAUUGUGUAUAUUGGAAUUUGAUUGAUUAUAUUUGGAAAAUAAAAUUUAAGUUGGUCUUGAA